AUGCGCUUCAACCUAACAACCCGCCGCGCCCUCUCCCUAAUAUCCAGAAUGCCCUCGUACACCGGCUCCUGCACCUGCCGCAGAAUCCAAUACAACCUCACCCUCUCCUCACCCGACGAUGCGCGCACCUCGCUGUGUCAUUGUAGAAACUGCAAGAAAGCAUUCGGAACAAACUACGGCCUAACCGCCAAAAUCCCCAAAGAUGCGCUGAAGAUCACAAGUGGCGCAACGAAGGAGUUUGCAGGUGAUAACGGGUCCGGGUCGAUUGUGCAUCGCGAGUUCUGCGAUAAUUGCGGGAGUUUUAUUUGCGAGUAUGGGGACGCCGUAAAGGAUAAAUUCCGCUACCUCGUCGUUGGAUCCCUGGAUGAUCCAGAGGUUCUGCCGCCCAAGGGGGAAUUCUUCUGCCAGGAUCGCGCGAGUUGGAUGCCGGAGGUACCGAAUGUUUUUCAUAAGAAGCAGAUCAAGGAGUGA